GAGGGUACUCAAUCCUACUGUCAAUGUCAUUGAUAAAGAUGUUGGAAAUACCAGUCCCAAGAUGGACCCCCAAUGGACACCACUUGUCACAAGCCUUCAUGUAGACAUAGAGCUGUUCAUACAACCCUGUGGCUCUGACUAUCCAACCAAUUAUUUAUCACCCAAUAAUCCACCCUUCACAUUCCUGUCUCCAGUUUGAAGAUAAGAAAGUGUUGUGUGAUCAUGACAAAAGCCCUGCACAAGUCCAGUUGCCUUUCCUUUGUCCACUGAUUCUGUCAGGUUACCAUAGAAGGCCACCAGACUGGUCAGGCAGGAUCCGCCCUUGGUGAAGCCAUGCUGGCUGUCUCAGAUUACCUCCUACAUGUGCUUCAGUGUAGCUUCCAGGAGGGUCUGUUCCCUGAUCUCCCCCAGCACCGAGGCCAGUACAGAAUGCUAAGGUUCACAAGAAACUGGGAUCUGAUCCAAACUGGGAUGGGUGUCCCAUACCGUGUAGUGACAUGGAGAACAAUAACACUGGGGAGAGUUGGCUGAGGGGUUGCUGCUGCUUGGGAAUUCUCUGGAUGUCAGUGGCUGGUGAGGAAUUGCACUGUGUGUCACAUGUUCUGUAUAUUGUGGGGUUUUUAAAUCAUUAUUAUUAAACUAUAGCUCAGUCCCCCACAGGCGCUACCUUUUUUUUAUUCCCCAACACUAUUCCUCCAUCCCACAGUGGGUGGAGUGAGUGAACAGCUUUGUAAUGCUUAGCUGCGUGCUGCUUUAGUAACAGCAGCAACUGCUGCAUCUCUCACUGGAAUGGUUCAAUAAACCACAUUUGUAACUCUUACCUGAUAAAUUAAAAUCAACUUCUCAGUAGUUUGUUAUGGUUGCAAACUUGGAAAAAAAUAAAUAAAUCUAAACGGCCAAGCUAUAAGGCUUUGGAACAGCCUCCAAAACAGCACGGGUGAGACGGAACUGACACUGGAAGCAAAACUAAGCGGCUAAUGAAACCACCCUCGGUCCCGCAGCGCCUCCGGGGCGGUGCAGCCGGCGAGCCCGCCCCGGAGCUGAGGGGAGGCCGUGCCUGCCGUGCCUGUCGUGCCCCGAUCCGGUCACUGAGCCUCGGAGGAGGAAGGGUGGCGAGGGAGCGGUGAGAGCAGCCGCCGGCUUCCCGCUGGAGAAGGGGUCUGACUGCCUCGAUUGCAGACAGCACCUGGAGCCUGGACAGGUGGAAAAAACCUGGUGUUUUGUUAGGGGAGGUGUUCACAUGGCCAGAAAGUGACGUGCGCUCCACUGAAAAAGAAAAAAACAAAAAACAGGUGGAGGGUAAGAUGGAGGAAGCAGAAGAGGAUGACAUGGCAUGUGGAGACUUGGGGAACGGACUUGGGAGAAGACCUGGAGGUGUUUAUGAAGAGGAAAAAUUACAAAACUAUUCACUCAGAUCUAAGAAGGUGUCUGUGAAGGCUUACAACUCUCUCUCAUCAAUAAAGGGAGUGGAAGAAAAUGAUGCUUCCCCUUUUCCCUGUUCCAAAAGAAACAGUUUUCAUGAUGGAUCAUCCAAGAAGCCUCUGUCUAGUUUGUCUCGACUAAGUAGCUGUGAAUCCAGUAGUGAAGUGUCAAAUGAAGAACUAAAGCAACAGCUUCGAGAAGCUCUAGAGGAAAUUGAAAUGUUGAAAGUUGAGCUUGAAGCUGCUCAAAGAAAACUUGAAGGAAAAGAUGAAGCCCUAAGAAUUCUGCAAAGCAUGGCAGUAUUUAAUAAGGCCACUAGUCAUACAAAAGCAAUGCUUGAAAAAACUGAGGAAGAAAAGAGAACUUUAGAAAAGGAAAUUAAUAUUUUGCAGUGGGAAAUCGAAUUUGAUCAGGAUAGAUUUAAAAACAUAGAAGACACAUGGACAGAAAAAUAUGACAGGAUAUACUGUGAAAACACAGCUCUUAAGGAAGCACUGAAACUGAGAACAGAAGAAGUUAAAACUCUUAAAUCUGAAAAUGCAAUCUUGAAUCAGCAGCGCUUAGAAUUUCUUGUAAUGCUUGAUGUGAACAAACAGAAGAUUGUUCAGGAGAACAUGUCCAUGAAUAAAAGAGACAUCACAGAUAUUACAGGUCUUGAACUGGCAGUUCUUGGAGCCUGCACCUGCAAUUCUUCUGUGGGGCAGCCUUGUCCCUGUGCUAAAAUGGCAGCUGUCACUCGGAAGCAAAUUCUUCAUCUCAAGCAAGAGAUUGAACUUCUGAUGAAGAGUAAAGAUGAAGCUUAUAUAAUGGCAGACGCCUUCAGAAUCGCAUUUGAGCAGCAGUUAAUGCACAGGAAGGACCAAGCCCUGAGGCUUGCAGAAGUGAUAAAGAUUAAAAAGGAAACAAAAUUUAUAAACUGGAGGCGACUGAAAGAGGAUGGGUCUGUCAAGUUACAAGGGAACAAGAACAAUCUGGGACAGAAAUUAUCAAGCCUGCUCUCCUCAGAUGCUGACAGCAGGAAAGUUGAAGAACUAGACAACCCUCAUGAAAUCCUGAAGAUGUUAAUAGAUUUGGUAAAUGACAAAGAGGAGGCCCUGGCUCACCAGAGGAAGGUCAGCUACAUGCUAGCUCGUGCAAUGGAGCUGAAGGAGGCGGCACAGCUGACGCAAGGCCAGCCUCCCACUGGGCACGGAGGCAAAGCUGAGCAGCCCUGUGGGCCAGCAGCACUGGGACCGGCGUCGUGCUGCGACCUGGCUUCUCCAAGCAGCCUUUCCUGCAGUGGAAACGGGUUCCAGAACUCGGUUAGACAGCUUCGAAAAUCACACUCCUGGCCCUGUGAGGCUGCACCUCACGAGAAUAGGGAUCUGUGUGGGAAAGCACGUGAAACUGUGGUGAUCUCGAUCUAAGUGUCAGCCGGAAUAAAUUAUUUUUUCAAGGAAAAAAAAAAAAAAAAAAGAU